CUCCAAAAACCUCAGUUCCCCCAAGCUACCUCUUUUCCAAUUGUUUGUUUUACAUUCUAGUUGGCCCUCAUCCACAUCCUUGAUACCGACAAGCUCGCAAUUCCUCUUGAAUUCCGCAAGUGGCAAUUGCCGACAUAAGCCAUUAUCGAAUAAAUUCCUGUCCACAUCACUCACCCCACUGCUGCUCACAGCGAUACUGGCCGCCAAAAAGACGAUACUCGGCCCGUCAGGGCUGCUCUGUGUGCCCCAUUGACAUAUAAGAGCGUCAAAAAAUGCAGAGCACAUGGCUCAGAGCGGCCAGCUCUGCCGGACGGGCCAUUCGUUCUACUCAGCUUAGCCAAUUGCCUCGUUCACACCAACUGAGACGGCUCCAGAACUUUCCUGUCUCACGUGGUCUCCUCCCACUGUUCUCAAGGCGAGCAUUUUACUCCACCUCCGCAAAUGAUGUCCUGGAAGUCGAGCCGAACCCAAACGAGCCUAUUAAGGCGUACGAACCCCUUGACACUUUCCCGCGCCGUCAUAUUGGCCCGUCUGCGGCUUCAGUAGAGCAAAUGCUCAAAGUGCUUGACCCUCCAGUCAAGACUCUAGAUGAUUUUGUGAAACAGGUCAUUCCACCGAACAUUCUCUCGUCCAAGCCGCUUAAAAUCCAGUCCACGGUCCGCAGUUUCCCGCCUCAUUUCUCAGAGCAUGGUGUGCCUGAAAGCAAGCUUAACUUCGCCGUCGGUAGAAUGAUGGAAAACAACCACAAGAAUAUAAAUUUUAUGGGUUGCGGGUACUAUGGCACACACGUCCCUGCCGUAAUUCAGAGAAAUGUGCUGGAGAAUCCAGCAUGGUACACGAGCUAUACGCCAUACCAGCCAGAAAUAAGCCAAGGCAGACUGGAGUCCCUGCUCAACUUUCAGACCAUGGUAUCCGACCUAACGUCACUCCCAAUCGCAAAUGCCUCAGUUCUCGACGAGCCCACCGCUGCGGCCGAAGCUAUGACACUCUCCCUCGGUGCAUUGCCUCUUUCUCGACAGAAGCGCACAAACAAGACAUAUCUUGUGUCUAACAUGUGCCACCCCCAUACAAUUGCUGUUCUCCACUCGCGCGCCGAAGGAUUUGGUAUCACGAUUGAAGUCGAUGACGUUUUGGCGGAUGGUUGCAAAAGAGUUGAGGAACUUGGUGACGAUCUGGUUGGCGUCUUAGUCCAAUAUCCUGACACCGAAGGAGGAGUGGAAGACUUCCGUGGCUUAUCCGAGAAAGUGCAUAAGCACGGUGCGAGUUUGAGUGUAGCUACAGAUCUUCUAGCUCUGACCGUUCUAACUCCGCCUGGUGAGUUUGGCGCCGAUGUCGCUUUUGGGAGUUCCCAACGCUUUGGCGUGCCUAUGGGUUACGGUGGGCCGCACGCUGCCUUCUUUGCGUGUACCGAACAAUACAAGCGGAAGAUUCCCGGGCGGCUGAUUGGUCUCUCCAAAGAUCGACUUGGAGAUCCCGCAGCAAGGCUCGCACUACAGACUCGAGAGCAACAUAUUCGCCGCGAGAAGGCGACGAGCAACAUUUGUACAGCCCAGGCUUUACUGGCAAACAUGAGUGCAUUCUAUGCCAUUUAUCACGGUCCAAAUGGCCUCACAAAUAUUGCAAGAAGCGUCAUUGCCAAGGCUAGGCACAUUCAAGACGCUAUUAUUCAAUUGGGAUAUCGAACUGGCCAACGGGGGCGACUAGACAAUGCACCUGUCAAUUUCGAUACGAUUGUGGUCAACACCAGCGACAAGACGGUGGAAUUGCUUCAAAGAAUGGAAACAUAUUCAAUACAAGUACGACAAUUCGACCAAAAUCAUAUCGGCAUUACAGUUGACGAAACUACGACCACCCGUGAAGCACGCCUUCUCCUAGAAGCCUUUGGGUGGAAGGGAAGCUCUAAAAUUUUGGAUCAACUGCUAGUGGAACUAAAACCUCCCCCUGUUCCGUUUAGAAGAUCGAGCCCGUUUCUCACCCAUCCGGUCUUUAAUUCCCACCAUUCCGAAACUGAACUCUUACGAUACAUUCACCAUCUGCAAUCCAAAGACCUCUCACUCGUUCAUUCGAUGAUACCGCUAGGAUCUUGCACAAUGAAAUUGAACGCCACAACGGAGAUGGCGCCACUGUCCUUGGCUGCAGUGUCGGAAAUGCACCCAUUUACGCCGGCUAGCAAAGCCAAAGGGUACACGAUGCUUAUACAACAAUUAGAGGAAGAUUUAGCAAGCAUAACUGGCUUCCACUCAGUCUCAGUGCAACCUAACUCUGGCGCCCAAGGCGAGUUCGCUGGAUUACGAGUAAUUCGAAAGUACCAGGAACAGCAGUCAGAGAAGAAGCGAGAUAUCUGCUUGAUACCGGUUUCAGCCCACGGAACCAAUCCGGCAAGUGCAGCUAUGGCUGGAAUGCGGGUUGUUCCCAUCAAAUGCGACACGGCUACCGGAAACUUAGACAUUGAGGACCUGAAAGCCAAGUGCAAAAGACACAGUGAAGAGCUCAGUGCCAUCAUGAUCACCUACCCCAGUACCUUUGGCAUAUUCGAGCCUAAGAUUAAGGAAGUGUGCGAGCUCAUCCACCAACACGGAGGCCAAGUGUACAUGGAUGGAGCGAACAUGAACGCACAGAUUGGGCUUUGCUCUCCAGGGGAGAUUGGAGCCGAUGUAUGUCACCUCAACCUGCAUAAAACAUUCUGCAUACCACACGGAGGAGGCGGGCCUGGUGUCGGACCCAUUGGAGUGAAAGAGCAUCUUGCCCCUUUCUUACCAGGUCACCUGUAUGCUAACGUGGGAGGUCAAAACGCAAUUCCCCCUAUCAGCGGGGCUCCGUGGGGAAGCGCAAGCCUGCUGCCUAUCAGCUGGGCAUAUAUCAAGAUGAUGGGCUCAGUCGGACUAACACAAGCCACCAAAGUCGGCCUCCUAAACGCCAACUAUAUCCUCUCCCGCCUCCGACCGCACUACCCCAUACUCUACACUAAUGAAAAUGGCCGCUGCGCCCACGAAUUCAUUCUCGAUGUCCGAAGAUUCAAAGAGACGGCUGGCAUCGAAGCUAUUGACGUUGCCAAGCGCCUCCAGGACUACGGAUUUCAUGCCCCCACGAUGUCAUGGCCUGUCGCCAACACGCUUAUGAUUGAACCUACUGAGUCGGAGAGUAAGGAGGAGCUCGAUCGUUUCUGUGAUGCGCUGAUAUCAAUCCGGAAAGAGAUCGAGGCGGUGGAGAAGGGUGAGCAACCGAAGGAAGGAAACGUGUUGAAGAUGGCGCCGCAUUCACAAAAGGAUUUGAUAGUUGGGGGGUGGGAUCGUCCGUAUAGUCGAGAGAAGGCGGCGUAUCCGUUGCCGUAUCUCAAGGAGAAGAAGUUCUGGCCCUCGGUCACAAGAUUAGAUGAUGCUUACGGCGAUACGAAUCUCUUCUGUACUUGUGCACCUGUCGAGAGUCUUGAGGACUUGACAGGUGAAGCUGCUCCCACCUCCACAUAAUUUAUUCUCUACGUGGGUGGGCAAAGCAACUUGAGCAGCCCAAAAGUGGCAACGGCAGCAUUAGGCGUUUGGCAUUUCUUUUCAACAGCAAGCCAGCCAGCG